AGACCAGGGAAAGUCGGUAACCAGCUUUAUUAUAAAUAGUUUCAACUGAACAGUUCUGGUAUAAGACAGUAGGCAAUGGGCUGGUCGGGGACAGGCGAGGGUUCCAGGAGUAUAGGCAAGACGGGAGACGCAGGUACAGGCAGGGUCAGGGAGCAGGCGAGGCAGAAUAGUCCAGGUACAGGCAGGGUCAGGAAACAGGCGAGCCAGAAUAGUCCAGGUACAGGCAGGAAACUGGCGAGGCAGAAUAAUCCAGGGACAGGCAGGGUCGGGAAACAGGCGAUGCAGGCGGGUCAGGGAUAAGGGCAAGGUCGAAACCGGGGAGAAGCAAUCUGGGAGGUAAUGCGGGAAAGACUAGCAUGCUGCGAAGUACGAUCUGGCACUGAGGUGAGAGUGAAGGGUGUGAUAUACUAGUGGAGCUGAUGGGUGUAACAGAGUGUGAGAGAGAAACAGGGUGUGACUACCAGGUGACUAGGUGACUGAGAAAUGCUAAUGCAGAAGAAAUAUGUGAGUGAGGGAGCAGAUUGUGACAGCAUGUGUGGGUGUAGGUAUUCCUUUUAUUAUGAUAAUAGGUGGGAUUGUGUGACUUGUUGCAUUGGUUUACCUGCAUGUAUGGGUGUAGGUAUUCCUUUUAUUAUGACAAUAGGCUAAGCCAUGUGACUCAAGUGUACAAUGUAAAUAGGAUUCAGAUACUUGUUGCAUCGGGACACCUGGAAGGGGGUGGUGCAUGUGUUCUUUUUAGUAUGAUAAUAGGCUAAGCCAGAGCGAAUGAACACUUGUUCCACCACCCCAUCUAUUCCUUCAGAAUGCCAACAGCAAAGAGAGGUCCUUGAUUCAGUGUGCAGGAUGUGAUUGCUGCCAAGUUUGAGAUGGAAUCAGAGGACAGUGACAUUGAUAUGCCUUGUGUCAUCCUUGGCUGGACCAGACCCUGUGCAGAAAAUUCAACGCUGGGACAAGCCAACAAAACCUACGUAGAAGUUGAGAGGCCUUACAUUGUGGGUACUUACAACAAGUACAUGGGAGGUAUGGAUUUGUUGGACUCGUUUACGGCCAAAUACAAGUUCCCCAUGAAGUCCCGACGCUGGUACGUUAACAUCUUCUGGCACACCAUCAUCCUUGCUGUGAUCAACGCCUGGCUCCUCUACAAGCGGGAGUGCAAAGCUCUAAAGAUGCCAAAGCAGGAGAUCCUGAACAGGAGACAGUUUCAGGCAGAUCUAGCAUCCUCUCUCAUAAGAAUGCAUUUCUGCUAUUUGCCGUUUGUGAACACAACUCCUCUGAAAACACCCAAGAGAGGACGACCAUCGUCAGGCAACAUGAGCCAAGCACCGACAGUGACAUCAAGGAGCCCGUUGAAUGCUCAGAAGAGACCAUCUUCAGGUGAUGGGAGUCCACCAAACGGGGCCCCAUCCAAGAGAUCACAGCCUCCACUGGAUGUACGCAAGGACCCUAAUGGCACAUUUUCCAGUGAAGACAAAGAGGAGACGCUGCAGACACUGCAGUAA